GCAGUGAGAGGCAUGCUUCCUUAGACCAGGUAACAUUUCAUUUGUUACAUUUCCAGUUUCCAGCACCAACUCACCAACAAAGAUUUUACCAAAAACCUUAGGACCAAUAAAUGUGAAUGUUGGACCCCAAAUGUGAUAGAAAACGGGCUAGAGAAUUUAUAGACUCUGAUUUUUCAGAAAGUAAACGAAGCAAAAAAGGAGAUAAAAAUGGAAAAGGUUUGAGACAUUUUUCAAUGAAAGUGUGUGAGAAAGUUCAGCGAAAAGGUACAACAUCGUAUAAUGAAGUAGCUGAUGAGCUGGUAUCAGAGUUCACCAAUUCAAAUAAUCAUUUGGCAGCUGAUUCGGCUUAUGAUCAGAAGAACAUUAGGCGAAGAGUUUAUGAUGCUUUAAAUGUGCUAAUGGCAAUGAACAUAAUUUCAAAGGAAAAAAAAGAAAUCAAGUGGAUUGGCCUACCUACCAACUCUGCUCAGGAAUGUCAAAACCUGGAGAUUGAGAAGCAGAGGCGGAUAGAACGGAUAAAGCAGAAGCGGGCCCAGCUGCAAGAACUUCUCGUGCAGCAAAUCGCUUUCAAAAACCUGGUACAGAGAAAUCGACAAAAUGAACAGCAGAAUCAGGGUCCUCCAGCUCUGAACUCUACUAUUCAGCUGCCGUUUAUAAUCAUCAAUACAAGCAGAAAAACAGUCAUAGAUUGCAGCAUCUCCAGUGACAAAUUUGAAUAUCUUUUUAAUUUUGACAACGCUUUUGAGAUCCAUGAUGACAUAGAAGUACUAAAGCGGAUGGGAAUGUCCUUUGGCCUGGAGGCAGGCAAGUGUUCUCUGGAGGAUCUGAAACUUGCUAAAUCCCUGGUGCCAAAGGCUUUAGAAGGUUAUAUCGCAGACAUCUCCACAGGACCUUCUUGGUUAAAUCAGGGACUACUUCUGAACUCUACCCAAUCAGUUUCAAAUUUAGACCUGACCACUGGUGCCACCUUGCCCCAAUCAAGUGUAAACCAAGGGUUAUGCUUGGACGCUGAAGUGGCCUUAGCAACUGGGCAGUUCCUGGCCCCAAACAGUCACCAGUCCAGCAGUGCCGCCUCUCACUGCUCUGAGUCCCGAGGUGAGACCCCCUGUUCGUUCAACGAUGAAGACGAGGAAGAUGACGAGGAGGAUUCCUCCUCCCCAGAAUAAAGACAGGAGAAAGCCUACGUUU